AUGGACGCCAACGAUGUUGGCGUCCGGCGGAUCCCGUCGACGCCGGUGCAUCUCCCGGACGAUCUGAUCUUCCACGGCAUCCUCCCGCGCCUCCCCUUCCGCGCGCUCCUCCGCUUCGCCGCGGUCUGCAAGGCGUGGCGCCGCCUCAUCCUCGACGACCCCGCCUUCGCCCGCGCGCAGGCGCGGUGCCCCUCGCCGGCCUCCGCCGUCCUCGCCCGCUUCCACCAGGGCCGCUUCGAGGUGCUCACCCCCGGCGCCACCGCCGCCGCCGUCGCGCCGCCGGACGCCGCCCUCUCCUUCCUCCCCGUGGCCGGCGCGCGCCUCCGGCUCUGCUCCGCCACGAGCGGCGUCCUCUGCCUGAUGGUGAGCAUGGCCAGCGGCGGCGCCGGCUUCUUCGUCGUCAACCCGGCGACCCGCGCGUUCCGCGCCGUCAGGUACGCCGGAGGCGACGGAUUCAGGGCCUGCCUCGCGUACGACCCGGCCACGGCGCACCGCGACGGCUUCCACAUCGUCGUCCCCGUCCAGGAAAAGUGGUGCCUUUGGAGGUUCUGGAGCUUCGCGAGCGCCGGCGCCGUCCGGCGCGUCUCGGGGGCGGAGGUGCGCCUGGCGCCGUACGACGUCUUCCUGCCGAGGCCGCUGUACUUGGGCGGGCGCGCGCACUGGCUCUCCUACCUGGACGGCGUGGCGUGGUACGACGCCCGUGCCGACGCCGCGGGCGAGCUGCCGACGCCGCCAUCGUCGCUGCUGGCAGAAGAAGGAGGAGGAGGUGGAGGUCGGCGGCUGGAGGGCAAACGAGAGCUGGUGGCGUGGCGCGGGCGGGUCGGGAUUGUGUCUGCGAGCGUCGACUCGGGGCUGGCCGUGUGGGCGCUAUCAUCGUCGUCGCCGGCGCGGUGGGAGAUGGUGCACUCGAGGAGCUGGGACGAGAUCCCCGGCGUGGUUCGCCCCUCGUCGCGCUUCCUGUGGUCGGUGGUGCCGGCCGGCAUGGAGGCCGGCGUGGAGGAGGCGCUGGGCCUGGCGGUGCGGAUCAAGCACAGGCCGGGCACUCGCAUGCAGCAGCAGCAGCAAGGCGUCGACGGCGCCGGUGACUUUGGUGAGGAGGUGGAGGAUGCGGAUGUGUGGCGUCGCCAGGUGUUGCGUUACGACAUGCGCACGGGAGGUACGACGACGGUGGCGGAGCUGAUCGGAAGCGAGAUCGACGACGAUUUUGUGGCGGUUUUCGGCUACCACUCCAGCAUGGCGCCGCUCAACUAG